AUGGAGAACGAGUCAGCCAAAGAAAGGGAAAAGAGGGAGCGGAAAACGCCACUCCUGAAUUCUAACCAUGGACCGCGGGAGCCAAAUGGUCCCUUCAGAUAUACCGACGUGGCCGAUUGCUCGGAACUCUUUGGCUCCCCCCUCACUCACUCUCUGCCUGUUCCGGCCUUGCGACCCUUUCUCUUCUUCCCCUUCUGGCUUCUGCUCUGA